AUGUUACAAAUAACAUCACCAGAAAAUGCUAAUCGACUCUCAAGUAGCAUAGGACGAAUACUGUCAUCACCUUCUCCACUACAAGAACUUGAAAAGGCAGCAUCAAAUACAAUAUCAAACGUGGAAUCAAUAAUAAGGAAAGAUUUUUCACGAUCAAAUCAUCUUGGUCAACAAAUAGCAAAUGGCGUUUCAUUAAUAACAGAAAAAAUGGGUUUGGGUAAAACAAUAGCAUUGUGUGUAUCAGAAAUCUUAAAAGAAAAUCGUUCAAAAGCUUGUGAUGAAGAUUGCCAACCAACUCUUGUUGUUUGGCUUACUAAUCCACUCACUAAAGAACACAACAACAUGGAAUUAUACAAUACUGUUGAUUCACUAGGAAUAUUUUAUGACGGUAAUCAAUGUGUAGAUUAUAUUUUAUCGAAAGAUAGCCAUAGAGUGUUUUUAAUUCUAUCUUGUUCACAUAUGAAUACCAUUCCAUUAAUUUGGCAAAUACCACACUUGCUAUGCAUUUAUGUAUUAUGUGAAGAUCCUAUAAACCAUGAACAUGAUAGUAGUCAGCAAAAUGUUAGCAGAAUUUAUAACGAUGAGAAUAGCUUGAUGAAACAGUUAGACGAUGAUAUUAACUUACAUUCAAAUGUUGAUAAUACAUUACCAAUGCGAAUGUUAAGUAAAAAUUCAAAUGAAAAAUCAUGUCGUGAUUUAAGUGAUGAACAUACGUCAUUUAUAUGGUUUCAAUUAUUAAUUGAAAUAUUAAUAUGUAUGCCAGAUACAGAUGAUGCAAAAACUGAAAUGAUAAAUGAAUGUCGCUUAUGUUAUAAAAAUAAUAACAGUGAAUUAAAGAAAAUUCAGGAUUUUGAAAAAACAUAUUGUUUAGAAAACACAAUUGAUUGGUAUACAAAAGACUCAUUUGUCUAUCGUUUAUUAAAUAAGGCACUACGUACAGAGAAUAUUGAUAUUAUAUUUAAAUUUCGUUUCUUUAUCAAAAAUUUACAUCAUAAUUUAAUAUUGUUACAUGAAGAUUUUAUCCGAUUAUUACCAUCACCAAAAUUUACUGUUUUUCGUGGUCAACAUCUAUCCGGUAUUGAAUUAAAAAUGUUAUUAAAUAAUAUAGGUGGAUUUAUAUCCAUCAAUUCAUUUUUGUCAACAACAUCAGUUCGCAAUUUAGCGUUGCCGUUUGCCGGCGAUGGUUCAAGUAGCCCUUCGUUUGAAUCUGUUUUAUUUCAGAUAGAAUGUGAUAUAAGCAAAAGAAACAAACCGUUUGGAAGUACAAAUACAAGUGAAAGUGAAGUAUUAUUUGCUAUCGGUACAGUAUUUCGAAUUGAAAAUAUUGGAAAACUAGAAGAUAAUAACAAAGUUUGGUUAAUAAAUUUAAUAUUAGAAGAUAACAAUGAAAAUGAGAGAUAUAUGAAAGAAUUAAUUGCUUCUAAUAUGACAAUGAUUAAUACUAAUCCAACAGUUGAAAGCAUAGCAAAAGUUUUAAGUAGUAUGGGUGAAUGUGAAAAAGCUCGAAAAUAUUAUGAAAUGACUCUUCAAAAUAUUCCAUCGAAUGAUGUAUGUAAGAUUGCACAUAUUACUGCUUGUAUUGGUGAUUGCGAAAAAGAUGACAAUGUAGCUUUAAAAACUUAUACAGAGGCACUUAAGUUGGAAGAACAAUUACCAAAUCCAAACAGAAUUUUCAUUGCACAGCUAUAUGAAAGAAUGGGUGUAACAAAUUUUAAAUUAUCGAAUUACACAGAAGCACUUGAAUUUCAUAAGAAAACGCUUCAGAUAUAUCAACAGGAAAAGUUAUCACCAGAAAAACAUUGUUUUGCAUUAACCUACUAUAACAUUGGUCGAGUAUAUAACAAACUUCACGAUAAACGCAGUGCAUUAACAAAUCUAGACAGGUCAAUGGAAAUAUUGUCAAAAUCAUCUUUGUUAGUUGAAUCUGAUCUUGCGCUUGUGUACAGUGAAACUGGUCGUGUCCAUUUAAGUUUGAAAGAGUAUGAUCAAUCCUUAAUGUACUUAGAAAUGGCUCUUGAUACUAACAACAGAUCACCUUAUGUAACUAAAAAGUCAUUAAUUGCACGCAAUUAUUAUGACAUUGGAGUUGUUUUAUAUGAAAAAGGUACUGAUGAUGACAAAGCUUUAGAGGCAUUUCGAAACGCUCUUAAUAUUUAUGAUAAACUAUUAUCGACAAGUCCUGAAAUACUAGCAAAGCUACAUGAUAAUAUAGCCAUGAUUCAUUGCCGUCGCAAAAAAUGGAAUCAAGCUAUGCAAACUUACACAAAAAGUUGCCAAUAUCGUUUUGGAGAAAAACAUUGA